AUGGAGAGCGGCACCACCGCCGAGAAGGUGGCGGAGGUGCGGGCGAGCCUCACCCGCCUGCUGCGAUCCUUCCGCGGGGGCUCCCCGCUGUCCUUGUGCCAGAAACUGCGGGCUGUGCUGGACGAGGACGCGGACGUGAUCGACGAGGGGUGCGAGGUGCCGGCCAGCGGCCUCCUGUCCUUUUUGACCGCACUGGCGCGAGAGACAUCUGACGUCGACGGCGCCGCCGCCCUGCUGGACGUCGUGGAACGGGUGGUGGCCGUCUUGCACGCCAGAAGCCGGGCGCUGCUCAGGGCGGCGUACGUGGACGCCGUCAGGAUGAUCAUCGACCUGGCGGUUGUGAAGGGUAGGGCGGCGGAGGCGGGGCCGUUCGGCCGGGUCCGCGUCGGCAUCUUCCGGGGGAUGGUCGGCGAGGGGCGAUGGCCGGUGGACGGGGGAUCGGGCCAGGCCGGGCGGCUGGGAGCGUCUGAGGUGGUCGUGGAAUGCGAGGGCGACGUCGUCCGGCUGACGCGGGCAGCUUGUAGAGUCUACACCGCGGCCCUGCUGUGCGACGGGGACGGCCACGACGACGACUGUCCCGCGCCGGGCCCGCCACCGGCUUUCUUCGAAGCCCUGCGGGAGAUGCUGCGCUGCACGGAGGCGGGGUCCACGGCGCAGGCGGAUUUGUUGAUCGCGCUGGGGUGGGGCCUGCGGCAUGGGCCUGGGGGAUUGCUGGCGAGGUGCGUGCUCGACGCGCUGUGGUCGGUGGAGGCGGUGAUCAGGGAAGGCGUCGGCAGGGGGCAGCCGGGGGAGCGCGCCGCGUGCGGCUGGGAGGCGGCGGUCCUUCGGGUGCUGGAGACGCUUGUGGAUGCCCUCGAACGCGCCGGCGUUCAGGGAGUGGCCACAGGGAGCUUGUGUAGGGCCCUUGUUCAGGUGGCGAUUAGUUGUGAGCGAAACAGCCACCUGCAAGCUCACUUGCUCCGGGUGCUGAAAGCCCUAGCUGUCACAACACCCUUGCUGGCGGUGGAGUUCGAGGCACUCCUGCCUUUGCUUGGUGCUGAGGACCCUGUAAGGGAGGUGCUUGCUGGGUGCGUCAGGCAGCUCGUUGACACACUGCCAGAGGAUUUCUUGAGCACUCAAGGGACGGUUGGAGGGGUGGAUGAGGAAAUGGAAGAUGUCAUAGAAGAUGUGGAGAGCAGAGACAGCCUGUUGCCAAGAGGCCAUACACAACCACCCAUUGUAGGGUGGCAGGCCAACACUGUGGACUCAUCCUGCUCCCAUGACUGGGUGCAGUUCAGACGUCUGGAGGGUGUAUUUGCGUUGUUCAUUGCAUCCCUAUUCCCUGAUCCCUCUGGCCCCAAACUGGAGAAGCUGCGCACCCUGCUGGUAUUGAUUACUGCUGCCAGUGGAAGGCCCCACAUCAACCUCCUUGUGGCCCUUUCCAGGGCCUGUGAGCUUUGGUUUCAGCAGGCAAGCCUGGCCUCGGUUCCCACCUCUCCAGCCUCAGAAUGCUCACGAAUUCUGGAGGUUGCUCUGGCCCUGCUGGUGCCCACCCUGCAGGCGCUGUCCUCAACAUCAUGUGAUCAGCCAUCUCUCCAGGAGCUGUCCUCAUUGCUGGCACAGAGCAUCCCCAAGAUGCUGAACUCUAUUUGGGCACAUUUCUCCAAGUCUGGAGCCAUCGACCUGUCCGGGGCAGGCACAGAAUGGGCUGAACGACUGAAACUUCAAGUCCUGCAGGCGGCAGUGGCGGUCGAAACGUUGGGACAACAUUCGGCUGGAGCAAGAAGGCCCCUGCUUUGCAAAACCAUUGUUCACAGUAUGGCUGGCUGCACCAGUGUGCCUUUGAAAGCAGCCAUCCAACUCGUUACCCCAGUAGUUUCUGCUUAUGAAUGUCAGGCUUUGCCUGGCUGUAGCAAGCAGAGUGGCAGCCACUCAGGGCAGGAUCUUCCCAGUGCUGAGAACUGCUUGCAGCAGUUGGCAUCUCAUCUUGAUUGCAUGGACGAAACUGUCAGAUGGGCAACUGGUGUAAGUCUUGGGAUGCACAUUAUGGCGUUCAACGCAGCAACAUUGUCGCAAUGGGUGGAUGUUGUUCACAAGUUGUUGCAGUUGCUGAGUGAGGUGUUGUUCAAGAUUGGCUGGGAACCCUGGCAGUUCAAAACUGGCCCUGCAGUAAGUGCCAUUUGUGAUGAUGAAGGCGAUUUGGUUGUCAAACACCUGGUGCACCUAUCUACUUGGGAACCAUUCUGCAAAGCACUACUUGCAGAUGGGAGCUCCACCAAAGUCAAGGCUGUUGUUUUUCGAAGCAUCCACAAGUAUCUGGUACAUGCUAACCCUUCUCACAUCAUGGCUUCUCAAGCUGUGCUUGAUCUUAUAUUUCAAGCUGCCAUUCAUGAAUGUGCAGUCUUGCCAUCGGAAACGCACAGGGUUCUCCUUGCACUUUUGCAAGAACGAGUUAUGGCAGAGUGGGCCAGGGGGUCACAUGAACAACAAGGAGCGUUGAGAGUGGUUGAGGCACUCAAGGACCAUCUUGCCAGAGCCCAUGAAGCCAACACCACUGCAAUAUUGCAGCAAUUGGCAGCUUUGCAUACAGCUUUAAUGGGGCAAGAAGCUGCUGUGGUUACUGUCCAAUGCCUGCUUGAAAACAUCAAUAGCAGCAAACGCUCUGUGUCAGCAAUGGCAGAGAGUAUGUUGAUGAAGGUGGCUGAUCAAGAGGGAGUUGAUUUGGCAACUUUGUUGCUGGGAUCUGCACAUGAGAGAUGCUCUCUGUCGAUGAGUUCCUUCCUGGCCACCAGACACCAACUGCUGCAUGAAGUUGCUAGUCUAUUGGAUGAGAGUGUUGAACAUAUUGCCGCCCUCAUCAUUCCCAAUGCCAUCGGCUACAUCGGUGCCAUUCAAGAUUACAAUGCCCUCCGGUACUUGGCGCAGAUCUUGGGGAUGUCUCCCCAGCAACUCCUCCUUGGGAAUUUCCACUUUGCAAUGUCCUUUGUUUUGUGGAACAACUCUGCCUCUGAGUUCGCUGCAUUCAAGCUGAAAUUGCUUGGGCCUGACAACACACAAUUUCUUCACCAUAUGGAGCCCUACUUUGGGGCAGUUGUGGCUGAGAUUAUGUGGGCUGCUGGCGAGGCAACUCACUGGAGUGGCCAUGAAGAUCUGAAGUCAGUUGCUAUUCUGUGCCAUGAAAAGCUGCACACAUUUCUUCGCAUCUGUGGCUAUGCGGAACCGGACCUCUCCGAUCUGAAAGGCCGUGUUGCUGGAUUCUUUGUGAAGCUAAGCAAAACUUUUGAAUUUUCAAAGGAGAGCUAUGCUGCUCGGCUCCAAGCAUGGCGUGCCCUGUCAGUCUUUGUCACUGUAAUGCGCAGUCAGCUGAUGCCACACAUUCCGCAAGUGUUGGCUGCCCUGCGCACAGGUCUUGUGAACGAACCAGAUGUGACACUGCGGCGGCUGGGUGUGGAGGCCUGUGCAAGUUUCGUUGACAUUCUACAAGAGCAUGCACCACAUUGGCUGGGGACAAUAAUUGGUCAG